AUGACUGAUAAUCGUGAUUUACAUGAUAAUUACACCGCCAACACCACCAUGGCUUUGGACAUUAUAACUGUUUCAAAGCUGGUCAGUAAUUGCAUCUGGCGUUUCGUGCCGCCUGUACUCUUUGUGUUGGGCACAUUCGGAAACCUUCUCUCCAUUUACGUCCUGAACCGAAGUGACAAAACAUCAACGUUGAUAAAUCUCUCCGCACUAGCGGUCUGCGAUCUCUUUGCGCUCUACAGCGGCCUUGGGCGCGAGUGGAUUAUCCACGUUUUCAAGUAUGACAUCAGAGAUUUCAGUGACGUCUUUUGUAAACUUCACUUCUACUCCGUGACGUUUAGCCUUCAGUUUUCGUCCUGGAUUUUGGUAGCCAUUACUAUCGAGCGGGUGAUAAGCGUUCAGCGGCCGCAUAUGGCCAAGUUGGAGUGCACCAAGAUGUUCGCGUUGACCGUCCUUUGCACGGAGUCCCUGGUUUUGUUAGUCUUAGAUGGACAUCUACUGUACGGCUUUUCAUUGACUCAUAACAACGCGACGACGUUCUCAAACGGAAGCGCGAACGAGAGUAACUACAGUCUGAAACUCAAGUGUCAGCCCAGUCAGGUCAAUGAGCAAUACGCUCGCUUCGUUUAUUACGUAUGGACCUGGAUCGACUUCGGUGUUGCGUUUCUGCUACCUUUUGUUAUUCUAUUAACGUGUAACGUUCUAAUAGUCGUAAACAUAAAACAGAGUCAGCGUUUCCAACGAGUAGCCACUAGCAAAAACGCUCGAACCUCGCUGAAUUCGCAAAAGCCCGUCCUUUCCCUGACAGCCAUUUUGUUGACCUUGAACUCGGUGUUUUUCAUAUGCGUCGGCCCGGCAAACAUCUUCCUGAUUGGUCAGUUCUACUGGUGGCCGUAUGACGUCAGCAACGAAUACGACGAGGCCAUAAUGGAGUUAGUCUGGGCCGUUGUUGGAAUUCUGAUGUACUCGAACAACGCAGUUAACUUCAUAUUGUACAUAUUUUGCGGCUCGCAAUUCCGCGCGGAAGUGAAAUGUCUUCUUCUGAAAAUAUGCGGCAAAAGCACGAGAAUCUUGCCUCGCAGACGUCAGUUCGCCUGUCACGCGCUCACCAUCAAUAUUUCGUACAAACAGACGUCCAGCUGUUGA